AUGCUUCAGUACGCGAGCUCCCAUUGGGCUUUCCAUGUAGCAGAAACCAACGACAGCUGGCGAGGCAUACUCAAGAAGGAACUUAAAUGCAUUGUCCAAACAUCAUAUACACUAUACUGGAUGGAGAUCCUAAGUUUUACGAUAGGAGUGCCACGAGCGAUAGAGGGUCUUCAGGCAAUUACACGCCAUGCAAGGCUUGAAGAGGAGACAAGAAACAGAAUGACCGAGAUCCGGCGAUUUAUGAUGGCAUUUUCCAUCCCAAUCCAGGAUAGCGUCCCACAUAUAUACAUUUCAGCGCUGCCGUUUGCUCCUAAGGAGUCAAUAAUGCAUGUGGAGGGCCGAAUGAAGUAUACAAGAACGCUCACUGUGACUCGGGGCCUGGAGAAAAUGUAUUCCGGGCUUCCCAGAGUUCUUCGAGUUCCACGAGGCGGUGUUAUUGCGGCAUCAUUCUCACCAGACGGCUCAAGAAUUGUCUCUGGCUCUUCCGAUGGAACAAUUCAACUGUGGGAGGCAGAAACUGGCCAGCAAUUGGGAGAACCACUCCGAGGUCAUGAAGAUUCGGUCACGGCUGUCGGAUUCUCUCCAGACGGCUCACAAAUCGUCUCGGGCUCAAAAGACGGAACUAUUCGACUAUGGGUGGCAAAUACUGGCCAGCCAUUGGGAGAGCCACUCCGAGGUCAUAAGGAUUCGGUGGCAGCCGUCGAAUUCUCGCCAGACGGCUCACAGAUCAUAUCUGGCUCGGAAGACGGCAUGAUUCAACUAUGGGAAGUAGACACUGGCCAUCCUCUGGGAGAACAACUCCAAGGUCAUGAAGCUUCAGUGACGGCUGUCAGAUUCUCUCCAGACGGAUCACGGAUUGUGUCUGGUUCUUCCGAUAGGACGAUCCGACUGUGGGAGGCAGACACCGGCCAGCCAUUCGGCGAGCCACUUCAAGGCCAUAACGGAACUGUCUGGACCGUUAGAUUCUCACCAGAUGGUUCACGAAUCAUCUCUGGCUCCGAAGACAGGACCAUUCGACUGUGGGAGGCAAACUCUGGCCGGCCACUGGGAAAGCCACUCCGAGGUCAUGAGGAUUCAGUGACGGCUGUCGGAUUCUCCCCAGAUGGCUCACGAAUUGUCUCGGGCUCGAAAGACAGAACGAUCCGACUAUGGGAGGCAGCCACUGGGCAGCCAUUGGGGGAGCCACUGGGAGGUCAUGAAGUUUGGGUAAUGGCCGUUGAGUUCUCUCCAGAUGGUUCACGAAUUCUCUCUGGCUCUGCAGAUGGCACAAUUCGACUCUGGGAAUCAGACACUGGCAAGCCUUUGGGAGAACCACUCCAAGGUCAUGAAGCUUCGGUGACGGCUGUCGGAUUUUCUCCCGACGGCUCACAGAUUGUGUCUAGUUCCUCCGAUAAAACUAUUCGACUAUGGGUGGCAGAAACCGGCCAGCCAUUGGGAGAGCCACUCCGGGGUCAUGAAGGAAUUACAUGGGCCGUUGGAUUCUCGCCAGACGGCUCAAAAGUUGUCUCUGGCUCUUCCGACGGGACAAUUCGACUGUGGGAGACAAUUACUGGCCAGCCAUUGGGAGAGCCACUUCGAGGACAUGAAGGUUCGGUAAGGACCGUCAGGUUCUCUCCAGACGGCUCACGAGUCGUGUCUGGUUCUUCCGACAAGACGAUUCGAUUAUGGGAGACAAGCACUGGCCAGCCAUUGGGAGAGCCACUCCGAGGUCAUAAAGCUUCAGUGACGGCCGUUAGGUUCUCACCAGACGGCUCGCGCAUUGUCUCUUGUUCUUCCGACAAGACGAUUCGACUAUGGGAGGCAAGUACUGGCCAGCCAUUGGGAGAACCACUUCGGGGUCACGUAGGUUGGGUAACAGCUGUCGGAUUCUCGCCGGAUGGCUCAAUAAUCGUCUCUGGCUCGGUCGACAGGACAAUUCGUUUAUGGGAGGCGGACACUGGCCAGACAUUGGGAGAACCACUUCGAGGACAUGAAGGUUGGGUGACGGCCGUAGAAUUCUCGUCAGAUGGCUCACGAAUUGUCUCUGGUUCUUCCGACAAGACAAUUCGACUAUGGGAGGCAGGUACUGGCCAGCCACUGGGAGAACCACUUCGAGGUCACGUAGGUUGGGUGACAGCCGUCGGAUUCUCGCCGGAUAACUCGCUAAUCGUCUCUGGCUCGGAAGAUACCACGGUUCGAUUAUGGGAGGCAGAUACGAACCAGCCAUUGGGAAAGGCACUUAGAGGUCGUGAAGGUUCGGCGAAGUCCCUCGGAUUCUCACCAGAUGUUCUACAAAUCGUCUCUGGCUCGGAAGUCAGCACGAUUCCACUAUGGGAUACAGAGAAUAGUCAGUUUUACUUUCGACCUAUCAUUGCUUAUGGUGGCAAUCUGACCAGUCUCGCAGAAGGGUCAAAGGAUAUUCCGCUGAAAAUCACCGUUCCUGGAUUCAAUCAGUGCUCACUAUCUCAGGAUGGCUGGGUACGAUCUUCCAAUAAAGUUCUCUUCUGGGUGCCACCAGACAACCGGAAUGGACUGGUAUAUCCUCAUAUUCUGACGAUACCGACGACAAGCCGAUUCCGACCUACCAGAAUUGAUUUCACCAACUUUCAAUGUGGCCCAUCUUGGACAAACGUUCAAACAGAUAUCGACUGA